CACCUAACACCUUGCGUUGCGUAUUCAGAGAGGAAUUCGAUUUCAACGUGGAAAAUUUAUGUUCCUUUGUCAGACAAACCCUAACAUUCUUGUUUGCUAAUCUAAUUCUCUUGAUCUUCAUGGACAUUGCUCUUCUGUCCGACACCGUUUCACUCGCCACAUCGCAAACCCUAGGCUUAGCGAAAUUCAUUCUACGCCAGCCCUAUUUACUCUCUGCGGCGAUUCUCCCGAUGGACGCCGUGGCGCCGCCGCCUGUUAAAUCCAGUUUGCACAGAACAGCCCGUCGAACACUGCUCUGCAAAAAGCAGAGGACGAGGAGGAAAUCGUGCAGCGGCGGCGAUGAUUCGGAGGACAGCAGCGAAGGCGACGGAAUUUUCGGUGGUGGUAACGAUGAUGGAACGUUUGGUGGGGGUGGUUAUGGUGGGAGGGGGUGGAACUUUGACGGAUUUGGAGGGCAAAAUUGGGAUGAGUCAUCGCGGUGGUCGUCGAAUGAUUUCGCGUUUGAUUUUGUUUAUGAGGUGAUUUACUGGAUUGCGUUAUCGAAUUGCGUGCAUUUCGCAUUCAAGAAGGUGGCGAGGAUCGUGGCUGAUGGGGAGAGACAAGGUUCCCAUUAGACUGACUUCAUUUUUUUAAAAAAAAAAAUUUGUGAUCGUUUAUGUAUUUAAUUGGAUAGUUACGAACGCUCUGUCUAUAUAUUUUUUAUUGCACAGUUAAUUGUACAUAUUGUGUAUAUUAUAAUCGAUUCUCUACAUCGAUUUAUAAGUACUUUGAUCGUUAAAUUAUUGUUCGUGGUCAUGGAUUAGUAUGAUCUUAGGUGUAUUAUGUUUUAUUAGAAAUAAAUAGAGGUCUUGAUUAGUUAA